AUGGCGGGCGGCCUGAUGCGGCGGUACCGGGAAGCCGGAAAGGCCCCUCCAACGGUCAUGUACGUGGACCGGGACUGCUGUGCCACCGUGGGAACGGCGUCUGUGCUUCAGCUGUUCCACGAGUGGCACGAGCUGGCCGUCAGGCUUGACGUGUGGCACCUCAUGCGACGCUUGGCGAGGGGUGUCACCACAAACAGCCACCAGCUCUACGGCCUCUUCAUGGCGAGGCUCUCCUUCGCCAUCUUCGAGUGGGACGCCGGGGACGUCGCCCGCUUGAGAGAGGCCAAGCGGUCCGUGGAGGGGAGGGACGCCCGCAUCAAGCUGUCCGCCAAGGAGCUCGCUCGCCACUGUCGCCGCCGUACGAGGGGUGCGACGGAGACGGAGCGGCUCCUCCAGGAGGUGCUGGACACCUUCUGGGGGCUGACGGACACCGUGGGCGUCCCGCUGAUCGACCGUGACCGCAUGGAGGAGAUAUGGAGCACGCAGCGCCACCACCUCGGCUGCAUCCAGGACCCAGAGGGGGUGGAGCUGUACACGCAGACGGGAGAGAUCACCAAGGGUGGUGUGGUGCUCCCCGUCUUCAGGUGUGCUCGAGGCUCCACUUCCCUGGAGUCCUUCCACCAGCACCAGCGUCGCUUCAUUCCAGGUAGAACCGCGAGUGAUGUCCACUUUCAGGUGUACCUGCUGGAGGGCCUGGUGCGGUGGAACGAGGACCGUGGCAGAGCGGCAGUCGAGGGAGGACAACGAUCGGCGCUGCGUUGCUACAGUGCCCUCCUGCAGCACAGCUUCAACCAGCUGGCCCUGGAGUUCAACCUGCUGGUUGACAACUACACCCAGCCCAGGGAGUACACAGCCUCUCUCAUCUGCCGCAUCUCGUCCCUGAUGUCGUCCUUCAUCCUGUCCCUCGCCACCUUUCUCUCCAGCUCCUCCAGCCACUGCUCCACCUCUCUCUUGUUGAGGACCUGGGAGCCGGGGUCCAGCUGCCCUUCAGAGGGGACACAUGGAAUCCCGCUUUCGGCCAUAUCUGGUUCAGCAGGUCUUGUGGUCUAA